UCCCCUUCCUCCAACAUCUUAACAGACGCGGAAAGAACAUCUCUUUCUUGGUUAGUAUAAUCCAAAACCAAAAGAAAAGAUCGUUGGCGUGUGAGCCUCCGAAACUGCAGUGUGCGCUGUGCAGACGUUGUCACAUGGUGUAGGCUGGGCCGCACCGAGCUAGCUGCGGUCCGUUCAUCCGCUUCUUCGUGCUCCGGUGCAAUGCCACCAGCCGCCAGGCGUCACUGGUAAGGGUAGGCAGCCAUCUAGAGGGUAAUGAUCUCAGAGAAGAUACUGUAACCAUAGACCAUAGUGGUACGCAAGUUGCCAGGGAAAAAAAAGAAACAAAUGUCAUGGGUGUCCUGUACCCCCCUACCCCGUUGUUGGAAAGUCGUUCGGCGCCAUGCGAGCCGGUCUGAUCCUCUUCGCCAGCGGCACCAGUAUAUGGAGAUGAUCCGCGCAGCCUGUCGCCACACCUGACAACACACACACACACACACGUAGCUGUGGCGCAGGGGGGCGCGGCAAUGGACGCAAACACUCUCCUCCUGCCCUGCUCCGACGGCGCCGUCGCCGGCGCGGUGGACUUCCGCGGGCGCCCCGCGUCCCGGUCCGGCACCGGCCGAUGGUCCGCCGCGAUGUUCGUCCUCGGGGUGGAGAUAGCGGAGAGGUUCGCGUACCACGGGGUGUCGGCGAACCUGAUCAGCUACCUGACGGGGCCGCUCGGGGAAUCCACCGCGGGCGCGGCGGCUGCGAUCAACGCGUGGAGCGGGGUGGCGACCAUGCUGCCGCUGCUGAUGGCGUGUGUGGCCGACGCCUGGCUCGGGCGGUACCGCACCAUCGUCCUCGCCUCCCUCCUCUUCGUCGUGAGCAUGGGCAUGCUGACCGUCUCCGCGCUCCCGGCGUUCCACCACGACGGCUGCAGCAGCUACGCCUCCGCCUCCAGACCGCUGGCCUGCUCCCCGCCCCCCGUGCAAGUGGGCGUCUUCUACGUCUCCCUGUACCUGGUGGCGCUCGCGGAGGCCGGGCACAAGCCCUGCGCGCAGGCGUUCGGCGCGGACCAGUUCGACCAGAACGACCCAAAGGAGUCCGCGUCCAGGAGCUCCUUCUUCAACUGGUGGUACUUCGGCAUGUGCUCCGGCACCGCCGUCACCACCAUGGUGUCCAGCUACAUCCAGGACAACGUCGGCUGGGGCCUCGGCUUCGGCGUCCCCUGCCUCGUCAUGCUCUUCGCGCUCCUCAUGUUCUUGCUCGGUACCAGGAAUUACCGCUACUACACGUAUACUGAAUCGAGCCCAUUUGCUCGCCUCGCCACAGCUUUCGUUGCGCUCAUCAAAGGCUCCAAAUCGAGACAACAUGACGGCACUCUUGCGAGCGACGACGCCGGGCACCGUGAAGAAGUGAAAGGCGUGCUGCGCCUGUUCCCCAUCUGGGCGACGUGCAUCAUCUACGCCGUCAUCUUCUCGCAGUCGUCCACGUUCUUCACGAAGCAGGCCGCGACGCUGGACCGGCGGGUCGGCUCGACUCUGCGCGUGCCGCCGGCGGCGCUGCAGACGUUCAUCAGCGUGACCAUCAUGGCCUUCAUCCCGGUCUACGACCGCGCGUUCGUGCCCCUUGCGCGGCGGCUUACGCGCCUCUCGUCCGGUAUCACCAUGCUGCAGCGGAUCGGCACGGGGCUCGUCCUGGCCCUGGUUGCCAUGGUCGUGGCGGCGCUGGUGGAGAUGCGGCGGCUCGCCGUGGCGAGGGACGCCGGGCUCGUGGACCAGCCCAAGGCGGCGCUGCCGAUGAGCCUGUGGUGGAUGGUCCCGCAGUACGUGCUGUUCGGGCUCUCGGACGUGUUCGCCAUGAUCGGCCUGCAGGAGUUCUUCUACGACCAGGUCCCCGACGCGCUGCGCAGCCUCGGGCUGGCCUUCUUUCUCAGCAUCUUCGGCGUAGGACACUUGUUCAGCAGCUUCAUCAUCUCCGCCAUCGACGGUGCCACCAAGAAGAGCGGAGCGAGCUGGUUCUCCAACAACCUCAAUCGCGCGCACCUCGACUACUUCUACUGGCUGCUCGCCGGGCUCUGCGCCGUGGAGUUGGCUGCUUUCAUCAUCGUCUCGCGCGUUUACGUGUACAAGAAGAGGAUGUCUCACGACAAUAAUGCUGCUGCCAUGUAGAUCAGUAGACGUGACUUUUACCGUGCUGUGAAUGGCGAUACAAUAUGAUUGAGGUGUAGAGAAAGAGAACGAAAAAACCUUUUGUACGCUAAACCUGGACACUAAACUGACUUUUACGGACGGUCGGCAAUCGGCAUAAUAGUGCCGGUUUGUUAGCAACCGGCAGUGCUAGCGUUUAUUGGGAAAAAAAAUUCUAUGCAGGAGCCCUAUACAAAUACUUCAUCCACUCCAAAAUAAUAGUGUUUUAGCUUUUGGUUUUUAA